AUGGCUAGCAGUUUAGAUACCUUAUCAUUAUACUUAGAUAAUGAUAGAAAAAUAAUCACGCGGAGAUGUUACCGCAACGAGGAACAAUUCAGUUUGCUGUGUCGGAAGGGUGUCUGCCCUUAUGAUUAUUUAGAUUCUUGGGAAAAAUUGAGGGAUACUAAUUUACCAUCGAUUGAAUCUUUCUUCAAUAAACUGAAUGGAGAAGGAGUAUCAAGAGGUGAUUAUGAACAUGCGCAUAAGGUCUGGCAAGUUUUCAACAUACAAACGUUACAACAAUAUGUUGAAUUAUAUCUCAAAACAGACAUUUUACUACUUGCAGAUAUAUUCGAGAACUUUAGAAUAACUUGUAUGUCUACAUAUAAACUAGAUCCUCUCCACUAUUACACCGCGCCUGGACUAGCCUUUGAUAGUAUGUUGAAAAUUACUGGUAUUGAAUUGGAGCUUCUUUCUGAUAUUGACAUGAUUAUGUUUGUGGAAAAGGGCAUUAGAGGAGGAGUAUCACAGUGUUCUAAUAGAUAUGCAAAAGCAAACAAUAAAUACAUGGGGAAUGAGUAUGAUCCUGGAAAUCCAACAUCAUACCUCAUGUAUUUCGAUGUUUACAACCUUUAUGGAGCUGCAAUGAGUCUCCCCCCUGCCUACGGGUGGAUUCGAAUAAGUUGA